AUGCCCGAGAAGAAAAUAGAGCAGUGGGAAGUCGAGCGGUACUGGGAGAUCUUCUCGUCGCUAUCUAAUGGCCAGCCACGACUCAACAACGCGCAAGCGGCCACCGUCCUACGAAACAGCCGGCUGCGAGAUGACCAGCUGGAGCGGGUGUGGGAUCUGGCGGACGUCGACGGAGAUGGAGAGCUGGACUUUGAAGAGUUCUGCGUGGCGAUGAGGCUUAUCUUUGACCUGGUCAACGGGGAAUACAACGAUGUACCGGCCUCUCUACCGGACUGGCUGGUCCCGGAGUCAAAGGCGCAUCUUGUCCAGGCCAGUCGAGCGCUGACGGGCACACAGCCUCAAUUCGAGAGAGUAGAGGCAGACGACGACACGCCUGGCCUCAUGGACGGGUUCGACUGGUACAUGGGACCGCAGGAUAAAGCCAAAUAUGAAGAGAUAUACUCUGCAAACAAGAACCACAGAGGAGAAAUCGCAUUUUCCUCUCUAGAGGACCUAUACGACUCCCUCUCCGUGCCGGACACAGAUGUCCGCUCAGCAUGGAAUCUCGUCAACCCGUCCGCCUCCUCCACCAUCUCCAAAGACGCAGCCCUUGCCUUCCUCCACAUCCUCAACAACAGACAUGAAGGCUACCGCAUUCCCCGCAACAUCCCCGCCUCUCUACGCGCCUCCUUUGAGUCCAACAAGAUCGACUACCAGCUCGACAACGUCCGUACAGCCAAGAAAUGGGGGGUCUCCGGUGAUGCUGACACAAGUACAGGCCGGAAGGCUAAGUUUGGUGAUGCCUAUCUAAGCCGGUUAGGCGUUGGAGGGAAAUCCAGCUACCAACCACAAGGCACAGAUUUUAGUGCUACCAUACAGGACGAGGAGUGGGAGAAGGUCCGUCUACGGCGAGAGCUAGCGGAUCUAGAUAAGAAGCUCGAAUCCGCCAACGCUGCCGUGGAGGCGAGGAAGAACGGGACGCGGGGGAGAACAGACGGGCCCAAUUGGACCAUUAUCAAGAAGGAAGCAUUGCAGAUGCUAGAAUAUAAGGAGCGUGAGCUGAGAGAGCUGAGAGAAGGGACUGGUCGGGUCAGCGAAGGCGAGAGCCUCAGCAGGGUUCGGGCUGAUGUCAAGGCCGUCGAAGAGCAAGUCGAGGGCCUCAAAGCGCACCUAGCAAAGCGCAACGAGGUUUUGUCAGACCUGCGCCAGCAAGUUCAGGAAGCGAAACGUGCUCGAUAG